GGCCAGCCCUGUUACAUAACUCCAUGGCUGGGACCCGGGGAGGCAGCCUGGAGAGCAGGUGCUCAGCCCCUCCCUCACCACCAACAGUGAAAAUCUUCAGCUGGAGCCCAGCCUCAGGGUAGGCCCAGCAUGGAGGCAGCCACUGCUCUGGAGGUGGCCUCAGGACCCACGCUGCUGAAGGAGCAAGAAGCCAGCCCAGCCCAUGCCGAAGGACUCCAGGCUUCACCACGACAGGGAGCCAGCUGCCCCUCGGCCCAGCUCCUGCCCCCUAUAGAAGAACUCCCCAAGAUCUGGCUACCUCGGGCCCUGAGGCAGACCUACAUCCGGAAGGUUGGGGACACAGUGAACCUACUAAUCCCGUUCCAGGGCAAGCCCAAACCUCGAGCCACCUGGACACACGACGGCUGUGCCUUGGAUGCCAGUCGCGUGAGCGUGCGCAAUGGGGAGCGAGACUCCAUCCUCUUCAUCCGAGAAGCCCAACGUGCUGACUCAGGUCGCUACCAGCUCUGCGUGCAGCUGGGCGGGCUGGAGGCCACUGCCACCGUUGACAUCCUGGUGAUAGAGAGGCCAGGACCUCCUCAGAGUAUUAAGUUGGUGGACGUCUGGGGCUUCAACGCUACCCUGGAAUGGACACCUCCCCAAGAUACGGGCAAUACAGCUCUCCUGGGAUACACAGUGCAGAAGGCUGACACAAAAUCUGGGCUGUGGUUCACGGUGCUGGAGCACUAUCACCGCACUAGCUGCGUUGUCUCUGGCCUCAUUGUCGGCAACUCCUAUGCCUUUCGUGUCUUUGCUGAAAACCAGUGCGGACUCAGCGAAACCGCCCCCAUCACUGCUGACCUUGCCCACAUCCAGAAAGCAGCUACCGUUUACAAGGUCAAGGGGUUUGCCCAGCGAGACUUCUCCGAAGCCCCCACGUUUACCCAGCCUCUGGCAGACUGUACCACAGUCACUGGCUAUGACACCCAGCUCUUCUGCUGUGUCCGUGCCUCUCCCAGGCCCAAGAUCAUCUGGCUGAAGAACAAGAUGGAUAUCCAAGGCGACCCCAAGUACAGAGCCCUCACUCACCUGGGAAUCUGCUCCCUGGAAAUCCGCAAGCCUGGUCCCUUCGACGGAGGCAUCUACACCUGCAAGGCAGUUAACGCCCUGGGGGAGGCGUCCGUGGACUGCAAGGUGGAUGUGAAAGCUCCUCACUGAGGCCACCUAAGAGGACAUGGCACUCCGAGGAAGAGCCUCCAGGAAGCCUGACUGUGGCGAGGAGCUUCAGCACAACAUCCGGUUUGGACUAAUCUCAAUAAACGUGUGGG